GAAGAAAAAAAGCUGACCAGAGCAGCGGCGUAAGAAACUUAUAGAAGCAGCUGAUUUCUGCCAGAAUGAGAGGACUGGUUGCUUUAAAAUUUAUGCUUGUGAUUUUAUUUGUCAGCAGGACUUCAGGACAAACAUGUGAAGAAAACUGUGGUAAAAAACCUUCGUCAUGUUCAUGCCUUCCAACGUGUUCGUCUCUGAAGAAUUGCUGCUCUGACUACAGAGACUUCUGUGUGGACACAUAUCCGUACUCUGGCUCCAUCUUCGGUGGAACGGACUUUGUUGUCCUCCAUGCAGUUUUCAACAGGAGUUCUCAGAUUGUUUGUAGGUUUGACAAUACCGUUACCACUGAGGGGUACGUGGAUGCACAUGGACGAGGUCACUGCAUCUCCCCACUGUUGUACGAAACAGGUUGGGUUCCUCUGCACAUCUCCUCAGAUAACGGAACUACAUUUAACAGAGCUGGAGCCUGGUUCUCAGUUCACACAGGGAAGCUGGAUUCCCGAUUAAAAGCUGUUCUGGUGAAUUCAACAAAGUGGCAGUAUUAUGGCACGCCGAACGUUGGAGGCCUUCUUCAGAUGACAUGGGACACAUCUCUAGUGAAUGCUGAGAAGGUCAACAUAGAGCUCUGGGGUUACAGAGAGACAGGAGAGCCAUAUUCAGAGCACUGGCUGGGGGAAUGGUUGUAUUUGUAUUCACUUGCAAAGGAUCAACCCAACAGCGGCUCUUUUAGUUUCAUGCCCAAACCAGCAGAAAGCAGCUUUUCAAGUUGGGAACUUGGUUCUCUUCGCAUCAGCUCCAGUGUUUACCCUGAUGGUAUGAGGAACGUUCAAGCGGCGUGGACCGAGGAUCACGCUCUGGCCUGGCAUCUGGAGGAAAAGUUCAGGCAUGACUCAGCAGUUUGGUCCCUGGAGAAAUGUUUAUCCUGGGACCAGAUGGAAAAUCAGCUUCCCAACUUCCUCAGUGAGAUCAUCGAUUGUCCCUGCACACUGGCUCAAGCUAGAGCAGACACAGGGAGGUUUCAUACUGAUUAUGGCUGUGAUAUAGAGAAAGGGAGUGUAUGCACCUACCAUCCUGGGAGUGUUCACUGUGUGAGGGCUAUACAAGCCAGUCCUAAAUAUGCAGCUGGACAGCAGUGUUGUUACGACAGCACUGGUGCUCAGGUUCUGACAGCUGACUCAAUUGGGGGUAGCACUCCAGACCGAGCUCACGACUGGGGGUCCCCUCCCUACAAGAAGCCCCCUCGGAUUCCAGGACAGUCCCACUGGGUUUAUGAUGUCCUCAGCUUUUAUUACUGCUGCCUCUGGUCCGAUAACUGCCACUACUACUUUAAACACCGUCCCUCCAGUGACUGCAGGCGCUACCAGGCUCCCAGCUCAGCGGUGGUGUUUGGGGAUCCACACUUUAUGACGUUUGAUGGCGCCAGCUACUCAUUCAAUGGAAAAGGAGAAUACACUUUGGUCACGUCCGACGAGAAACAGCUGCAGAUCCAAGGCAGAACAGAACCUGUGGAUGAAAAUACAAUAAAUGCUACAAAGUUGACGUCUGUAGCCAUGAGAGAAUCUUCGUCUGAUGUCAUUGAAGUUCGUUUGGUCAGUGGACACGAUGGCCUGGAAGUGCUGCGAAAUCAGCAAACGCUCAUCUUUACUGAGCAAACGUGGAUGGACCUGCAUGGUGUGUUCGUGUUUUCCCCGACCUCCACUAACGUGACCGUGAUGUUCCCAUCUGGAGCUGGCGUGGAAGUGCGCCUGAGGGACGUAACCAUGACGACCACUGUCCUCCUGCCAGAGGGGUUUAAGAACUCAACUCUGGGACUGUUGGGAAAGAUGAACGGUGAUGCCAAAGACGACCUGGUCUCCAGCAGUGGGCAGCUUGUGGGGAACCCAAGCGAUCCAGUGGAGCUGUUCAACUUCGGGGCGAGCUGGGCGGUGCUGAACACAUCUGCAUUGUUCACGUACGACUCUGAAUAUCUUCUAAACACUUAUUACUACAAACCCAGACAUGACAGCAGUUUUGUCCCAGUGUUUUCUGUCCCUGAGAGUCCAGAUGACCCGCUUUCUGAUCAAGCUGCUCAGAUCUGCUCUGGACACGGAUCACAGUUCUGCAGGUAUGAUAUUCUUGUAGGUCGCAGUCCAGCCAUGGGAAAUGCAACCAGAGUUUCUUUUCAGAGUCACAUUUCUCUUGUGAAUGAUCUAAAGCCUGUGUUAUCCUGUGGAUGGAUCCCACCACCAAAUAAUGGGAAAAAGCUGGGGACCACCUACUUAAAAGGAGCCAAAGUCCAGUUUUCCUGUGACGAGGGCUACACACUGAGAGGAUCAGCAGUACGCUUGUGUCAGAAGAACGGGCAAUGGUCUGGAGAAGACACAAGCUGCCAUGUUUCUAGUAAUCUUCCAGGAAUUGUGGCUGGUUCAGUGAUUGGAGUUUUGGCAUUGAUUGUUAUCAUAACAACUAUUGUUCUGCACUCCAAAACACAGAAAAGAAAAACUGCUGAGUCAGAAGAAGAGGGGACGAUUGAUGUCCUCUGAGUUGAAUCCUGGACAAGCAACAUUUUGGUCCAAGAAGAUUUAAAAAAUGAUAUGUUGUUUAAUGCUUUGCCUCAGUGUGCACAUGAAAGAAAAAAGAUGACAGAAUGUUCCUACAUUUUAAAAAAAGGAAACAAAUGUGUGAAUCUGCUUCUUAUAUUAAUUUUCUGUCUAAAAAGUAAAGUUAAAAGCAUCCUGCACUUAUUUCUGUGUUCAAUUUGUAGAAAUAAAAUCAUGUUAACUUUCAGGAUCAGUAAAGUAAAUCAGACAUUGGUAGGUUUUGUCAUUAUUGAUGUCAGUAAACGCUUGUAGUGGCAGUUCUGCCCAUUCUCCAACACCUCUUGGGAGCUAGGACGUGCUGAGCAAAGCACUUUGUUUUAUUUUGUACGCCCUAAUAGCAGUUCCUGUUUUAUUUUGGUAAUCUCCAUCCUAAAUCCUUACAUCCUGUUCAUCUGCUGCUAUUCUACUCUUGAUAACUUUGUUCUGUUAAUACAUCUAGUCUGUAUUUUCUCAAGUUAUCUUUGUCUAACACUGAAAUUUAGUUUUUGAUCUGGAAAAACAGAAUAAAUGUGUCAAUAAUAAA